AUGCAGGUUUCGUUGAGUUACGCUGUUCUCUUCUUGACGAUGUGCGCGUCGACGCAGCCGACGGAGCGGGCGAUACUUCGCUCUUCGAAAACGGCGGCGGUGAGCGGGUUCGUCGCGGGGGCUUUUAUUUUGGCGCACAUUAUCUUUCAAACGUUGAUAGCGAUCGUGAGCGAGACGCCGGAGACGUGGUUUCGCGCGUUUGGAUUGCAGAAGUUUUCCACUCCGAGCGUGGUGGCACGGUCGCUCGUCCCGGACGCGCUGUUGUUCGUGUUUUCUUUCUGGGUCAGGGCGGAGCUCGCGCGGGAGCUAGAUGCGAUGAAAGAUGACGAGGGACCGCGUUCGACAGCGAUCAACACGUGGCUGCACGAAAUGCUCUCGGCUGUUCUCGGGCUCACCGAGCACGAGCUCCGAAAGUCGGCGCAAAAGUGGUGGCGUCUACUGGGUCUCAUUUGUUGCGCCGUCACUGGUUACUCGGCGAACGGCGUGGUGCAGUUUUUCCUUUUCAUCUCCGUUUACACACGCUUCGUCGGCGGACAGGGCGACGUUCGUAUGUCGAAAUGGACGCGUUUUCAACACAGAAUUUCUACAACGGAAAAGAUGCAAAUUUGCACCUACAUCAUCAUCGUGGGUUCGUACAUCUUUACUUCGCUCGAGAACACGUCUCAAGUGCUAGAGAAUUCGAAAGUCGCGCAAAUAUUAGGUUUCUGGAAGAUAGGAAACGGAGGGCGCAUUUGUUGCAUGUCCGCUUCCGAGACGGUUGGAUUUGUUUUCGCUUGGCUCGCCAACAUUUGCUUCGCCGUCGCUAUAUCGUACGGCGACACCGACGUGUCUUUCACUUUCACAGAGCUCGCAGGUUUUAGCGUUAAGCGGGAAAUGUACAGCCCGUUGCUGUAUGUUCCAUAUGUCGCGGCGGCAAUGACAUUCACGGGGCUUGCAAACGUGAGAGGAUUUUCCAUUAGCGUGAUACAGAUUGUGGAUGUCAGCACGGUGCUUCUCACGACCCUAUGGAUGCUUGCGUCUGCCAGAAGACUCGUCUGCAAGUCCGGGAUCGGUGCGUUUUCUGAGAAGUGGGUGUUUCGUUUGCGAAUUGUCUUGGCGCGCUACCUCGAAUUUCAGUAUGCAUACCUCGCAUUCUUGUACAUUUGGAACAUUCCAAAAGUUGCUGAGGCGUUGACGAAGGCGUGGCCGGUGAAUUUGCGUAGAAACCUCACGCCGUACGAUUUUGGCCUCAUUCCGGUUACCGCACUGCACUCGUGGAAGCACAUGUAUCAUCGUUAUUUGACCAUCAUGUUGUGCGCGAUGCUGUGGUACUGGUUGGACAAAUGCGUGAAAGCGGAGGAUGGCGACGAAAUGAAUCUUCACGCGUACAUUGGAGAAGAUAGUCAAAGAUCCGAGGAUGGCUCGUUUCGCGCAAAAGCCAUGCAUGAGAACGUGGAAACGACCAAAAGAAUCGACGACAUGAGUCCAUUCGAGAUCGUGUAUCAAGCGUACGCGUGCAUGAUGAAACACGUCCGGGAUUCAUUGGGCGACAAGUUCGAGGCGAUUCUGCACCAGUCUUCUAUGGAGGUUCUUUUGCUGGUGGCGACGAUAGCCAUUGCGUUUCGAGUCGACGUCCUCAGUGUGCUAUAUGUCGUGAUGAUCAUGUUUGCGUGCAUAGAGCUUGCAGUUCCUACGAAUCGAGGGAAGCCGCCAAAGCCGCUUCGGCAGGGCACUCUCGGAAUGCUAAAAACGGCAUUGCGGGUUCUGACUGACGCAUGGCGAUACAUAAAACGGCUUCGACGGCGAAAUGGUUCCCAAAUCACGUCUGAAGAUUGUGAGGUGACACCACCGCCAAAAACAAACGCUCGGCGCGUUCGGGAGUCGGACUAUCGGCACGCGCAGUCGAUGUCGAUUCACACAGAAGUGAACGAUUACGGAUUUUGGUUGGCUUUGUUGGCGGUGAUAUCGAUAGUGUCGAAGCAGAUCACGCUCUUGACUGUGUUCCAGUCUGGCUCGCUCAACACGCUCGUUAACGAACGAUGGGGUAGUUGGCUCGGCUUCAUCUCGCUCUAUGACUCACGAUUGGAAGAUGCCUUGGAAACGAGUAGAACAUGCUGCGCGUGGCCUUAUGUGCUCGAUGCCGCUGGCACAUUUUGUUACGACGCCGGCGUGAUUGCAUCUGCUUCAAAUCAGUUUCCUACUAGAGCAUGUCUUACUUUUAGCACAAAUUGGUACAUCUUCGGAGUGUAUUACAUGGUGGUGAUUUUCGCCGUACUGCACGGAUUCCUGCAGAGGCGACACAAUGUCAAAGCGCAAAUGAAGACAAAGGCGGCGACGGCGAGCUCUGUACCUCGCGCGAGCUACUGGGCAAAAUUGCGUGGAGAAGUCCGAGGCUGCGAUGCCGCAAAGAAGCUCAAAUUACUCAUCAUUGCCGAGCGCAUGAAGAAGUACGCAACUCCAGAGAAGAAGAAGAAGAUCGCGACGAAAGAUGAGGGAUUCUCUCCGAUGGUUGCGCAAACGCCAAUUCGUGGAGAAGAAGAUGUUUUCGCUGAUUUGCAAAGGGCCCUAAACGACGCGAAUUCAGAAGAAUUGGCGAGAACGGCAACGGGGAAAGAGCACUUAGGCUGGCGUGCGAUGGUCGUGCGCGCCGUGCAUCGCUUCGUACAUUGGGAUCUCCGGAGCAAGUUUGAAGUGUUGGACUCUGUUAUUGACGAGUUGGGGAGUUUGAAGUAUCUCCUUGCUAUGGCGGUGUUGCUCAUCAGCGCCUUCCUCAAAUCUGACGUCACGAGCUCGGUUUACAUCAUCAUACUUGGAUACUUUUUGACGUUCAAUAAUCGCGACGGUAUCGUUCGGUUCCAAUCUCAAGGCUACGCAAUCGUGCUUAUUAUUGGCGCCGUCUUGGUUGUUCACGUUCUUGCCGCUCUUCGUCUGCCAUCCCUUUGGUUGGGGACUAAUUACUGCGAGAACUGCCCUGAAAAACGUUUCUGGCUAGACGUCGGCAGCUGUCCAUCGUCUUCUAUCUACGCUCCAUCGCCGCCACCUCCUGCAUCCGCAUCGACGUACAGUUGCAACUCCAGGCCUGUUUGGGUGCAGGCUUAUGAAAUCGUCGCCGACGUCCUCGUCAUUUUACUUGUCGCGCACUACGUGCGCCGAGGGCACAAAAAUAUGGUGCGCGCUGACGUUCGCGCGGCGUGGAUGCGCGGAUACAUGCGAGCAAAAGGUCAGCAAAUGGGUAACAGUUGGGUACAUUCUGAGCAAUUCACUCGCCUCGCCGACAAAGUGAACAAGCGUCUCGCGGAGCGACGCAAACUGGACGAGACCGCAGAGCUCUCUUUCGAUGAAAAAGUCAAACUGUGGGAUAAUGUCAGCGCCCAACUAGAACAAUACGUUCCAGUUCCUGAGAAAGCUCAAGAAAGAGAGGAAAUGAAGCGCGCAGAGUGGACCAGCCGACGCCUAUCGCGUCAACUCACGUACGCCUCUGAGACACAGGCUAUUCAGAGAAGAUACUCAUUUGCAUCGAUUGCGAGCAUGGCGCGUCGUGACAGAAAGUUACAGCAAUACGGAAGAAGUGAAGCUCUGAUGACGCAAUACUUCCAUGGAUUGUUCCACAAGUAUUUACUUAUGCUUAUCGUGAUUCUCACGUACGUGGCAACCGUGUCUCAAGGAAAGAGUGAUUUUGUCUCCUUGGGUUACGCCUGCAUCUCAAUCCUAUUUACAACCAGAUACAAUGGCUUACGUAUAAAUGUGCGACUGUUUCCGACGCACAAGCAUGGAUGGUGGAACGGCGAGCUAUUUCGUCUUCUACCAACGUAUAUUUUUCUGGUCUUGACGUCCAAGCUCGUGUAUCAGAUACCUUAUCUGAAGCCGAAGCUGCUUAGCGGCACGACAGCAUUUGUCGGAGCCUGUGUAGAAGGUACGCGCAAGUGCGAGACUAUAAACUCUUUGUUCGGCAUUCGCAAGCUUGGAUCGGCGUGUGAUGCGAGCAUGCUCGCAUCGGAUUGCGUGCCAGUGUUGUCUUUCAGAUCCGGAUCCAUCGGCGUCGAUAUCAUACUGUUCAUCCUCUGCUCAGUACAAACGCAGUUGUUUUCGGAUGAACGAUACGUUCGAGAAAUCUUGAAGUUGGAGAAACAGGAGCUCGAUAGGGUCGCACGUCGAACCUUAUUCUACCGUAAAUACGUCCUGGGUUGGAGGGCGAAGACUCAGCGAGAAAUGGACAGCGAGUAUCAGACAAUUGCGGACAAAGUGCGUCACAGUGCAUCGGCGACGGCGGAGUGGACUCAAUUUCAACGAUUCAGAAAAUCGGUCGAUCACGAACAAAUGAUAACUACAUACGUCCCGCAUAGUGUCACCGUGGUGCCGAAGAGUGCGACAACUGUGGAGGUAUCAUGGAAAAUGGAUUCAGCCGCGCGCGACAUCGAGCAAUUUGCGAUAAAGCGUGAACGUCAUCCUCGAACGACAAUAUUCCCACACUUCGUAAAUCCAGUCAGAGUAGAUGUUGAUCCAGAAUCACGAUCAGCUUGCAAGGUGGUGGUGGCCGAUCUCACGCCUGGUGCUAACUAUGCGUUCACUGUUCAGGCGUGCUCAAAAAAGUACGGCUAUGGGCCUGAUUCAAAAGAAUCUGGCGUCGUGACAAUGCCUCUGCGAGAGGACGAUGACGGCGGUGAUGAGCCGAGCACCGAAGGUACGUUCGUCACUGUAAUCAUGCGAGGUUACCGAUUUGCGAUGGACGCGUUUUCCACUAUUCUCGACCCAGCGCUGUACCCGCGUCCACAGAAAAGUGGCGACAGCGAGUGGACUCGCAAGGGUGAUUGGGGCGACUCAAACAUUAUCACCGGACUUGGAAAAAUCAUAUUUUCACAAAGUGAGUUACUAGUGUACAUCAGCGUCGUUUUGAACUUCGUUGAUCACAUGGAUUUGAUGAGCAUCUGCGUCGUAUUAUUUCUCGUGUCGUUUGCGGCGAUGUGGAAUCCGCAUCCAUCGCCAAGGACGUGGAUGGGCAUUUUCUGGUACUCGGUGGGUGUUUACUUCGUUCGCAUGUUAGUUCAGAGCAGGGUAUUCUGCAUGCAGCUGAAGGAUGGUGCGAGUGCGGAUGAUCGUAACAGAUGGUACAUUAGCGCGCAGCCGAGUUGUCCGACAUCGACGCUCUACGAUCACCGCGUCGACGGCUCAUACAGUACUCUCAGCGCGACACUCCUUACGGUGCCCCGUGGUCGCUCAAAGGUUCGCGAUGAAGUAUGGACCGACAUCAUACUCAUAUUAUCGCUCGUGUUACACCUGGCGCAUCUGCGGGCUUUAGGGCAAAGAUCGCACCGAGAUACCAAAUUAUUGCACCCUCGCAAAGACUACGAGGAGUUUAACAAGGUACUUUUCGACACGGAUGAUGAUUUACGCCUUCUCAGAUCGACCACGCCGACUCUUCCGAAGAUUGGAGACGAUGUAGAGCCCGUGAAACAGGGAUCUAUGGAAAAGCGUCCCAGCCAGCUUUCGAGGGAGCAGCGCAAGCUCAGGAGACAUAUCGGGAAGUUUCUUGGAAUGUUCGGUCGUAUAAAAAAGUUUUGGUACUUUGUGGCGAGAACGUUCUUUACACUGAUCGAGCAGAUUUGUCUACAAAAUUCGGCAAAAGUUCCAAGACAAAACGUGGGAAAGCCCGGUGUCGAUCUACACGCUUUGGAAGUGUUUCUUCAGCUGAUUAUUGGGAUUUGGUUCGUCACUGAUUACAAUAACUUGGUGUUCGCUUCUGGUACGGCGUUGAGCUCGACUGAAUCUUUUGGAACGGGAUUGACGAUAUCCAUCGCAUGUUCUGUUGCCUGGAUGAUCCUGACACGCUUAGUGUAUCUUACCCGAAAUGUCCGGGCCAAGCUCUUCCUGCAUAUGACCGUGAGUGCGCUCUACGUAUUGCUCAUAUUCUUAUUCCUUCCGUUGCUUGACUCGCGGGCGUACAUGUCUCCGCGGCACAACUCCCAUCUGAAGUGGUUCACCGCUUUGAUGCUCACAUACUUCUUCGUCAGCGCGAUGCAGUUGAGAGAGGGGUUCAGAGAGGGGAGCCAAUUCAAAAUCAUGAUUAUGCGUUUCGGACCUUCGAGCUUGGGACGUCUUCUGUACAGCUUGGUAAACCUGAUACCUUUUCUGUUUGAGAUUCGUUCCUUGCUCGACUGGACGGUGAGCGACACGAGCCUGGACUUUUUUAUGUGGUUCCGUUACGAGGCGUUAUACUACGCCCUGCACAAGACGUCGCUGGUGAUCUCUUUCAGAAAGAACAAGAGGCAGUACUACGGCGGAGCGAGACCGGUCCCGCGGGUGCUAAAGAUCAUAUUGGGCGGCGGAACAGUGGCGAUCAUAAUCCUGCUCCUCACAGGUCCGAUCUUCAUUUUCAGCACGUUCAAUCCAGCCUUGGAGAGUAACAGAGUCGAUACGGCGCAGAUGAGCGUUCAGCUAGACGUCGUUGCGAACGCAAAGACGGAGCGACAACAGCUCUACACCGGUUUCGCCACUGGGUAUCCCAUGUCGUCAGACUCUGAAGACGCCAUCAAGGAGGAGCUCCUCUCGAGCCUCACGUACAGAAGCAUUGACUCCGACUGCGUGCGCUUCCCCAGGUAUUCGACGACUCCCUGGAUCUCACCCAUCGAUGCGAGAACAAUGCUCGCGUCGACUUUGACCACGACGGCGUCCGCGUCCGAGUGCAAGGCGACGUUGACAUUUUCAGCGGAGUUCACAAGGAACGGUCCGCCGAAGGCGAAAGCGGUGUCCAUCAAUUUGGUAUCGAGUCUAUCGAACGCCGAUUGCUCGGCGCUCGCGACGAUCAUCAACAACGGUAGCGGGAGUUUGGUGUUGAACGCCGUCGUGCCGCGCGGAUUCCACCUCACGCCCGCCACGGAUGUAGAGAUCCUAGAUCGAGUGACCUCGGCGUACAUCGGAGUCAACGUUUCGCUCACGUCGACGACUCGUGACUACAUGUGGUCAGUCACUCCAACGGGGACGUAUUUCCCUUCAGUCUUGAACGAUUUCUGUGGUACAGAUGUGAGUACACCAUCGACCGAUCGGGGGGUGUUAUUCGCCACCGUUAGCGAUCGUUAUCUCGUCGGAUUGGUCACGUCUCUCGGAUUGUCGAGCUACAGUAUCCGCGCGCUGUACGCCUUUGUGUUCAUCACGGUCGGAUACUUUGUCCGUUCGCUCUUCAAGUUCCAGCUGGACGACGCGUUCAUCAACGAGAUAUCAAACGUCGACGAGCUCGUCAACGUCUGCAGAGGUCUUCGACUGAUCCGAGCUCUGGAUUAUCCCGGGCGCAGACGAGACGAGAUGAAAAUGUACUACGCGCUGAUGCGAAUGGUUCGCGAGGCCUCGAUGCGACGCGUGCUCACGAGAAACCCGGAUGAGAUUUGA